AUGGAUCCUAUCGACGAGAAAGGUAGUCUGUGGAGAUGUAACCCUGCCAGUCCUAGCUGGGACUUGGUGAAGACGACAUCUCCCGAGUAUCCCGCUGCGCGAAGCUACCAUGCAAUGACAUCCGAUGGCGUAAAGACCAUCUAUCUCCACGCGGGUUGUCCGUCCAAGGGUCGCCUCUCGGACCUCUGGGCAUUUGAUACCGAAAGCCUAGAGUGGACUGAACUCCCGGCUGCUCCUGGCCCCGCGCGCGGGGGGACAUCGAUUACAUUCUGUCAAGGCAAACUGUACCGUAUGGGAGGCUUUGAUGGAUCAUCCGAGCAGGGUGGCAUUUUGGAUUGUUACGAGCCGGCAACAAGAAGCUGGCAAAGUAUGCCUUUUAGUCCUGAUGGUAUUCAUGGUCCCGGUGCCAGAAGCGUGGCUACACUGCUAUCUCUAAGGAGCGCAGGAGAGCAUGUCCUUCUGACAAUGUUUGGUGAAAGCGAUCCUUCGUCUUUGGGACAUGCGGGGGCUGGGAAAAUGCUUCGUGAUGCGUGGACUUUUAGUAUUCGGGCCUCGGCCUGGAAGAAAAUCGUAUUUGAGGGUGAUGUACCUGCCGCGAGAGGGUGGUUUUCGGCAGAUGUCCUCCUGGGAGAUGGCCGAGACGCUGUCAUUAUCCAUGGGGGUUUGGCCGAGGAUAAUUCUCGAUUGGGAGAUGUUUGGAGAAUGGAAUUGGUCGGAGAUUUCUACCAGUUUGUUUGA